AUGCUGGGUCUCAAUGGCACCCCCUUCCAGCCAGCAACACUCCAGCUGACGGGCAUUCCUGGGAUACAAACAGGCCUCACCUGGGUUGCCCUGAUUUUCUGCAUCCUCUACAUGAUCUCCAUUGUAGGUAACCUCAGCAUUCUCACUCUGGUGUUUUGGGAGCCUGCUCUGCAUCAGCCCAUGUACUACUUCCUCUCUAUGCUCGCUCUCAAUGAUCUGGGAGUGUCCCUUUCUACACUUCCCACUGUGAUUUCUACUUUCUGCUUCAACUACAACCAUGUUGGGUUUAAUGCUUGCCUGGUCCAGAUGUUCUUCAUCCACACUUUCUCCUUCAUGGAGUCAGGCAUACUGCUGGCCAUGAGCUUGGAUCGCUUUGUGGCUAUUUGUUAUCCACUACACUAUGUCACUGUGCUCACUCACAACCAUAUAUUGGCUAUGGGUCUGGGCAUCCUUACCAAGAGUUUCACCACUCUCUUCCCUUUCCCUUUUCUGGUGAAACGACUGCCCUUCUGCAAAGGGAAUGUUUUGCAUCACUCCUACUGUCUCCAUCCAGAUCUCAUGAAAGUAGCAUGUGGAGACAUCCAUGUUAACAACAUUUGUGGGCUCUUUGUGAUCAUUUUCACCUAUGGUGUGGACUCAGUUUUCAUCUUGCUUUCCUACGCAUUAAUCCUGAAAGCCGUGCUGGUCAUUGUAUCCCGGGAACAGCGGCUCAAGGUACUCAACACCUGCAUGUCACACAUCUGUGCAGUGCUGACCUUUUAUGUGCCCGUAAUUGCUGUCUCCAUGAUUCAUCACUUCUGGAAAAGUGCUCCACCUGUUGUUCAUGUCAUGAUGUCCAAUGUCUACCUGUUUGUACCACCCAUGCUCAACCCUAUCAUCUACAGUGUGAAAACCAAGGAGAUCCGCAAAGGGAUUCUCAAGUUCUUCCAUAAAUCCCAGGCCUGA